AACGCGUCGAAAGAGUCUGGGGCUGGAGGAGGGAGAACGCGAGGGAGGAAGGAAGGGUGAUCACUGCGGGCCCAGACGGGACUAAGAGGGAAUUCCGGCUGGUAUGCCGGAGACUUGGGUUCUGUUCCUAGCUUUGCCCCGGACUCAGUGGACGCCCUGAGGCAAAUUGCUGUCCUUUUCUUCACUGUCCAGGCAAUUCGAAAGUUUCUGUACGGAGUCCCCACGGGGCCCCUGGCUGGCUGAGCGUCUUGAUGAAUUGAGAUCCUGUUAAGAUCUGCGCAUCACUUUGGAGACCGUUCGGCUCUUUGCCCCUCAGAGUGACCCAUAGUUCUGACGUUGGCAGCCCCCGGACGGCAUCGUUUGCGGCGGGCCCUGGCGGGCUCCCUAACUGCACCCCCUUCGAGGUACAAAUCCGAUGAAAGGAUCAGCAAAGAGCUGAAGCUACAAAGACCUCUGGGACUUCUUUCAGGUACUCAUAGAAACCUCCUGUACCCUCAUGAUGGCACAAAGGGACUGUUUUCCUACUCUUAGUCUGAAUGACUGCCAAGAAGGAAGACAAAGGUAGAGGAAUUGGAUCUCUGGCUUUUGAUCUCAGACCUUAUUCAACUCCUAUCUGGACCUAUGAACAAAGCUCACAUGAACAAAUGAUUUGAGUCAUGAAUGAAAAAUCUUGUUCUUUUCCUAAUGAGAAAGAAUUAAGAGUUGGACAGGGUGAAAGACUGUCUGGGAGACACUCUAUAUCAUAUGACAACAACAGUGCUCUUUCUGCUUUCAGAGGAAUUCCUAUCUCGGAGCUAAAGAAGCACAGAAUUCUCCCGGCCCUGACUGCAGAAGCUAAUGGAUGGGAGCCAGUUGUGAGCCCAGAAGUGCUCAGAGCCCAAGAAGAAUGGGAAGCUGUGGAGACCAUCCAGCCAGGAACAGGGUGCCAGGCCAUCUCAGAACAGGCUGGGCAACUAAUCUCCUUCAGUGAGGCCCUGCAGCACUUCCAGACUGUGGACCUGUCCUCCUUCAAGAAAAGAAUCCAGCCAACUAUUCGGAGGACUGGGCUUGCCGCUCUCCGCCACUACCUCUUUGGGCCUCCAAAGCUCCGCCAGGGCCUUCGGGAAGAAAGGGACCUGGUGUUGACCAUUGCUCAGUGUGGCCUGGAUAACCAAGACCCAGUGCAUGGCCGAGUCCUCCAGACCAUCUACAAGAAGCUGACCGGCUCCAAGUUUGACUGUGCCCUCCACGGAGACCACUGGGAGGACCUGGGCUUUCAGGGAGCAAAUCCAGCCACAGACCUGAGAGGGGCUGGCUUUCUUGCCCUCCUGCAUCUGCUCUACCUGGUGAUGGACUCAAAGACCUUGAUGAUGGCACAGGAGAUUUUACGCUUGUCUCGCCACCAUAUCCAGCAAUUCCCUUUCUGUUUGAUGUCGGUGAACAUCACCCGAAUUGCCAUCCAGGCCUUGAGAGAGGAGUGUCUGUCUAGGGAGUGUAAUCGCCAGCAGAAGGUCAUCCCGGUAGUGAACAGCUUCUAUGCAGCCACUUUCCUCCACCUCGCACACGUCUGGAGGACAGAGCAGAAGACCAUCUCUGACUCGGGCUUUGUCCUCAAAGACUUGGAAAUGUUAGCCAAGAAGAGCCCACAGCGGCUGCUUAAAACCCUGGAGACCUACUUGGCUGGAGUGUCAAAGGGACAGACCUCCUUGUUGGGAGCACAGAAGUACUAUGGGCCACAAGCCCCUUAUUCCAAGGACCUCACCUUUACAGGUGUCUGUGACCUGCAACCUCACUCAUCCGAAAGCACAUGGCUGAUCUGACCGCCCAGAGACUGACUUAAGGGAUGGGCUGCACCAGCUGGACUUACAAAGGUGCACAGCAAACCGUGUCAGGGGCACGCUGGCUGCACCAUGCCCCUUUCUGUCUCAGCAGCGGGAUGCAAGAAUCCUACUGCUUCUGGGUCUGGUUGGAGAAGGCUAAGUGUCCUCACCUCACUGGUAUGAGUCAUUGGUGUAGGUAGGCUUGACUCACACCUACGGACCUGUCUCCAGAGCAAGAAAAAUCUUGCCUUACUCUCAGCUGAGUGCAGUCUCCAGGGUUGACUUCCCAGUUAUCUGAAUGGGAAUGAAUGGAUAAUGAUGUGGGACAGCUCACAUGCCCAUGUGGGAAGGAGAUGCUGAGGUACAGGCAGCCAGAAUUCUGACUCCAAGGCAGCAGGGCAUAGGGGCCAGGUGUCUGUGGUUAGGACUAGAAGGCGACAGCAGUGGCAGCAGCUGACUUGGGGCAGCAUAACCUAGACCAUGCUGCCUGAGACCUCAGUUGCAGGGAGGGAUUCCUUUCCCCCACCCACCAGGCAGUGUCAGGGCCUUCACUUACCCCACCCUCCUCUCCAUUGCUUACCAUCUAGAAAUGGGCAUUUGGCUAGGCAUGUCCCAUGGCUGCCUCCCACAAGCUGGGACUCCACUUGUAGAGGCUGUGUGCAUCCCUGGCCUGGCAGCAGGCAGGAAGAAUUGCACAUACCAGCAGUUUUUGACUUAAAAGAAUUGUUCUAGUUUAUGGUCUCAAGUGUUUUCUUCCAAGACAAGUCUUGGCACCUUCCUGUGGCCCUGUUGUUCUGGAGCCUGGUUAGAGCCAGGCUCACCAGCAGGAGAAGGCCCAGUGUGUGGGUGUGGGGGGUGUUCCAUCCUAAUCAUGAGCUCAGGAGAGACAAGGCUGCCUGUGCCCAUCCUCACCUUGGUUACACUUGUGAGCUCUAACCAGAGGAUGAGAUAACCCUGGCACUUGUUGAGACUGACUGGUCUCCACAUCUCAACUGGUCUCCUUCUGGGGAAGCUGGCACUCUUGUUCUCUUCUCAAAAAGGCCUCUAGGCCAGGGUUCCUGAGCUGGGGAGUAGGAGGCAGGCAAGAACUCACUGUGCCGCUUUCGGUCCUCUGGACUCCCUAAGUACAGAUAUAGAACAUAGUCUAUCCGCCGCAGGCCUGUCCAUUUCUGACCCACUGGGGGAAGGGGGUGCGUCACAGAGUAGACAACAGAUAGCCACCCAGGCAUGGAAGGGAGCUCCCGGACUGUGGUUAGCAGGAUGCCUCAAGGGUGGGGCUGGUACCAAACCCUGCCGUUUGCCUUGUGUCAUCACUGCCUGACCUGAACUAAUCUUUAUUCCUGUUACUUUCUCCCUCCUGGUCCUCAGCUGACCAGCAGAGAUGGCAGGGAGGUUACCAGGCAUGGUGGGGGAGAACACAUAGAACACAGCUGAGCCUCCACUUUGGAGUGUCAGGUUCUUCUCUCCCUCCUUUCUACCCACUCUGGGACUGUGCGGAUAAUUCUCCAGACUGACUGCAGGUACUCAGCCCCCAGCACACCCAGAGACCAGUCCACAUGGGGAGCCAAUGUAAUGCUCUGCAGAUGACAGAGUGCUCACAAUUUCACACCUUGGUAUGUAGCAAUAACAUAAUCUAGGUAUUUUUAAGUUGCAGUUCUGUUGAUGGACUGACAUAGGGGGUGUCUGAGUUCUCUGAAGGUAAAUACAAAGAUUGUAAUGUGUA